UCAUACUAGCCAUUGUAACGAUAACUAUUAAUAUUAUUAUUUGUACAGUAAAAUGUUACAGAAACAGUAACAAGUGUUCUCAGUGUCCGAAUAGGUUAGAAAAUUUCUACACCGAAGUACUAGAACAUAUGUCAUAUAACUAUGAAACAAAAAUUCAUGCACAUUUGGCUCUAUACAAUCCAUCAAGCUUCUUCAAAUUCCUUUUAUUAAUUACUUUUAAAUUAUCAAUAUUUGUCCAUUUUAAAGUUAACACAAUUUAUUUCUACUCCCACCAUUUUAUGAUAUCACAUAUGAUUGGACAAAUCUUCGAAACAAUGGAAUGGCGAUAAAUAUCAGCCAAUGAAAGUGAAGACAAAAUAAUAUAUCGUAAAUUCUAUACAAUCCCGAACGCCUCGCUGAACUUUCCAAAUUUCGCGAAAUUACAGGAGUAACACCUGUCUAGACAAGUCAAAUUAUUAAUUAACCAAGCGGUAAAGGUAAUAUUUUGUUGGAAAUGUGUUCUGAACAAAAUUGGGAUGUAGAAACGCAUAAAACAGAGCACGAGUGCGAUGAACACUGGGAACUGAAACGUAAAUUUCUAUUAGCCCAUAAAGACAAAUUUUCAGAAGAUGAACUUAUUUGUUUGGCUCAAGUGUUUACAAAUGUUGAACUGCUCGGUUGCAGAUAUCCAGAGGAGACGAUGGAGUUGAUUGCUGACCUAGGUAGAGACAUUAUUAGUGAUUACAGGGAGAAGCAAAAAAAUAAAUUAAAGAGAACAUUUAUCAAAGCUUCCAGUGCAGCCAGUUUAAAAGUUAAAGGAAAAACUGCACCAACGUCUAUUAAUAAAGGACAAACAGAAACAAACCUUACACGAUCGUCUACAGAUUUAAAUGCUGGCCAAGUAUCUGUGAAACGAAGAAAAGUACAGGACCAUCCAUUCGGUGAUAUUGUUUUAAUCGACAGACCAGAUGAUAUACCACAAAAUGCACUUGCUUGGGCGAUAAAUGCAUCAGGUGGAAAUUUAGAAUGGAAAUUUGACAGGGCAGGAGAUUCUAGCAAAUGCAGUAUUCUUGUUAAUUCGAAAUUAUUGGCAGAGGCAACUAGUGCCAAUCAGAAGUUAGCAAAGAAAGAAGCAUCGAUUGCUGGUUUACAAAAACUACAAAAAUACUACUAUACGAUUAAGAUUAAGCAUAAUGUAAGUACAAAUGCAAGUGUGACCACCACUACAAUGUUGAAAGACUCGAGCAAAGACGAUUCUAUUUCUGAUGACAAUAUUGGAAAAAAGUUAAUGAAGUUAAUGGGCUGGACCGGUGGUGGUCUUGGGAAAUCACAACAGGGUAUCGUGGAACCGGUCACAAUUAAGCAACAAAUUAGCAGAGAAGGAUUGGGUUUAAAAUCUAAUUCCUGCACAAUGAACGACUUGAAAAAUAAAUCUAAAGAUAUUAUGAGGAAAUAUCUUGCCGGUGAUAUGAAAAACGAUCUUGUAUUUUCAGCUGACUUUACAAACGACGAGAGAGCGAUAAUUCACCAAGUCGCGAGACAGAUGGGCUUAAAGUCGCAUAGUUAUGGCCCGAAAAAUCAACGAACAAUGGUAGUUUCUCGUAAAAUAGACGUCCGAGAUUUAGUCGAAGAAUUAAAAAGUCUCGGAGGGACUACCAAUAAAUACGAGCUAAUCGAACCAACGGAACUGUGAAUGAAAUAACAUAUUUUUCUGUAUAUAAUGGAAAGUUUAAUGCAGAAGCAUCUGAAAAUAUAGUAUAUAAUGCACAAAUAUUAAUAAAAACAAUCCAAGAAAUGAAAUAUACAUAUGU